CUGGCAUUUAUAUUUCAUUUCAAACAAAUUAAACAUAGCUAUAUUACAGUAUAUCAUUCCUAUGAUAUUGUUGUGUUCAUGUCUUCGGUUAUGUGAUUAUUAGUUAGAUUUUUUUUAAAUAAUAUUCAAAAUUUCGACAAAUUAUGGAUGAUCAAGGAAUUACUUUGGAUGUGAAUCCUAAAGCGUAUCCUUUGGCUGAUCCACAACUGACAACUAAAAUCCUUAAUUUGGUUCAACAAGCAAUGAACUACAAACAACUGCGCAAAGGUGCAAAUGAAGCUACGAAGACCCUAAAUAGAGGUAUAUCAGAAUUUAUUGUUUGUGCCGCAGAUGCAGAACCUUUGGAAAUAUUAUUACAUUUACCUUUAUUAUGUGAAGACAAAAAUGUUCCAUAUGUUUUCAUUAGGUCAAAACAAGCAUUAGGACGAGCUUGUGGUGUUUCUAGGCCAGUAAUAGCUUGUUCUAUUACUAGUGAUGAAGGAUCACAACUGCGGCCUCAAAUACAACAAGUUCAGACUGAAAUAGAGCGACUUCUGGUUUAAUUUUGUACACCUUUUUCAUUUUAUAUUACUAUUUUGAAAUAAUAAUGAUAAUUGAAAAAUUGUAUGUAUUAUUA